CUGGACGCAGCGCGCAUGCGCAGACCUCUCUCGCUGUUGGGGUCUGAUCGUGACGUAGCUGGCAGAACGGAUCCGUGCGAACUGUCCCGGCGAGGCUCCCGUACUGCAGCCGGACUCUUGCAUAGGAAUCGUGCAACUGGAACCCGGGACCGGAGUGAAAGCAGUAACAGAGAGGACACGAUGGCAGAAUCCACGGCGCUGGACAGUUUAAUGGAGAUGGGCUUCACCAAAAACAGAGCAGAGAGGGCUCUGGCCCACACUGGGAAUCAGGGGAUCGAGCGAGCAAUGGACUGGAUAAUGGAGCAUGAAAGUGACCCCGAUAUUGACGAGCCCUACGUUCCUCCAGCUGGUCAUGUUUUGGGGUCCGAUCCGACCCAGCUCACUCUGACCCCCCCGACAGACCCCUCGGCCGUACCGGCUGCAGAAGGGUCACAGGAAGAACACAGCAAACGACCUCUGACAGAGGAAGAGAAACAAGAACAGAUGAAACGGCUGGAGGAGCUGAUGCGCUUGAAGCAGCAGGAGAGAGAGGAACGAGAGAAGCAGGAGGAGGUGGAGAGGGAGAGGGAGAGGAGGAGGCAUGGGCAGGAGCUGCUGCAGGUCAAGCAGAGGCUGCAGGAAGAGGAGAUGAAGAAGCUGGCGGAGGAGAGGAAGAGGGAGAAGAUCGAGGAGAAGCAGGCCAGGCAGCGGGUUCGAGAUAAGAUCGAGAGGGACAAGGCAGAGAGAGCUAUGAAGGUGAAGCUCCAGCACACCUUGUUGACACUGCUUUGGCGGGUGUUAACGCAUUCCUUUGUCCGGUACUAAUAAAUAUUGAUCAAGUGGAUCAGUAAGUGAUUAAUCCA